AUGGAAUUUUUAAUUCUUGAAGCCUGCACCGCUGCUUCUUUCUUUCUUCCGUUUCUGAUCGGUGCGCUGACAUGUAACAAUUCUCAAGUGCUCGAUGUAGCGUCGCGGCACCUUGAAUUUAGGUUUUUCAAAACUAAAACUCUCCCUGGAUUUGGUCCUUUACAGGACGGUGGCGUGCGUGCAAAUAAUCCUGUUUCCAUUGCCUUGAAGGAGUCUGCUAUUAUCUGGCCCACAGCGGGAAGACAUGAUCUUCUCAUAUCGGUAGGCACCGGAUCCACUUCGGAUUGUGGCCGCGACGGUCAUCAUACUGGGAACAUCUUUAAGGAUGGAGCCGUCCCUCGCCUCUUUCGGGCAGCUAUGUCUUCCCCCUCCAUGGAUGGUGAGCAGGGUUUCUAUGAGGCACUAAACUAUAUACCAGAUCACCUGAGGGAGGAUAUAUAUCGGCUAAAUCAUGUUGUCACUUGCCCCCUUCCCAGACUGGACGACGUGGACAAGUUGGUAGACUUGGCAAAAUCAACAUACAAUGUGCCUGAUGAUUUAGUCCGUGCAGUCUUGGUUACCGGCUGUUUUUUCUUCGAAAUCGACCAAAAGCCAGUCCUCAAUAAUGGAUCGUAUUAUUGUCAGGGAUCGGUUCUCUGCAGAAACUCACAACCUAGGAGUGUGCUCAGAAGAGUGAUCGAAGAAUUCCCAGGGGGGCAAUUUCAAACUGCUCGGGGUCAUUCUCUUGGCCUUCUUGAAGAGGAUGACGGCUGCUACGAGUGCGGUUAUUACCGCAAAAAAGUCGCAUUCCAUGUGAAAAGCCUGGAAGAGAUAAUUUCGAUUGAAGUUACUAGUUCCUCCUUUCGACGGAAAGUUGGCGGCUUCCCAAGAUCCGUGCAAGAAAUGCUUGAUAAUCAGCAAGCCUUUGCGCGCUUUGGCCGUCCCGAUCACUCAAUGCUUACAUGGCCUCCACGAAGAAAAUGUUUCUGCCUCCGCGGAACUCGACGCAUGGUCCAAUUCUUAGAACCCCCCUUGAGCAAGAAAAAGCGCCGGUUGUAA